AUGCCCCUGACCGACAUUCUGGAUGUUCACCGGCCUGAACUCAAGUCUUAUGAAGCGUUAUACAAACACUUCCACUCAAACCCCGAACUUUCCAACCAAGAGAUAGAAACAUCGACCGCCAUUGUCAAUCAUCUUUCCGCAAUCUCGUCAGACUUUGACAUUAAGACAAACAUUGGGGGUUAUGGUGUUGCUGCGGUUUUUCAUAAUGGUGCCGGCCACAUUGUGCUCUCACGAGCCGACAUGGAUGCUCUUCCUAUAGAAGAACGAACUGGUCUCCCAUAUGCUAGCACAAAGCGAGUCAUUGAUGUUCAUGGCAAAGAGCAACCAGUGAUGCAUGCAUGUGGCCACGAUAUGCAUAUUACAUGUCUUUUGGCAUAUGCUGAACUUAUGGUAUCGGCGCGGCAAUCAUGGCAUGGAACUAUUGUUCUUAUCUUUCAGCCUGCCGAAGAACGUGGUACGGGUGCUCAAAGUAUGGUCGACUAUGGACUUUACGAUCCUGAAAGAUAUAAUAUUCCUAUUCCUGAUGUAGUGUUCAGUGGGCAUGUCGUUCCAGCCCGAGCUGGUGUCAUUGGUAUCCGAGCCGGUACGAUGGCUGGUUCUUGCGACAAUUUACGUGUGACUUUCCAUGGUCGCGGUGGACAUGCUUCCAUGCCUGAACGUCUGAUAGAUCCUAUUGUCAUGGCGUCCAGUGCCGUCAUGAGGCUACAAACGCUUGUGUCUAGAGAGGCUCAUCCUAGUGAACAUGCAGUUGUUACAUGUGCAAGUUUCAUUUCUGGCUCGACGACUGCAGAAAAUGUGGUUAGCGAUGAUGCGACAAUCACAAUUGACAUUCGCGCAAAUGACGAGACUACAAGACAGAAGCUCUACAAUGGAGUUCUACGGAUUGUCAAAGCUGAAAGCGCAGCGUCCAAUGCAGUCGUCGAACCAACAAUCACUCCUACAAGAUCGUUUCCCGUAACCUACAAUAAUGCCUCCGUUACUGAAAGAGUGGGCAAAGCUUUUCACGAUCACUUCAGGCCUGGCGAUGAAACUUAUGUUGCAGACUAUCCUAGGCUUAGUUUUAGUGAAGAUUUCAGCAUCCUUGCCUCUGCUGUUGAAAGUCCAUCUCUUUUAUUCGCCUAUGGUUGUACAGACCCCGAGAAAGUUGACCUAGCCCAAGAAAAAGGGACAUUGACGGAGAGCAUACCGGGAAAUCACAGUUCUCUCUUUGCUCCACAAAUUUCUCCCACAAUGCAAGUAGGUAUAGAUGCAUAUGCUUUGAGCGCUUUAGCAUGGCUGUCAAAAGAACAGGAGAAGAAAUAG